AUGUUCAUGGACGACGCGAUCGACGAGGACACGGCGGGCGAGGAGCAGGAGAUCACGCAGGAGGACGCCUGGACGGUGAUCAGCGCGUUCUUCGACUCCAAGGGCCUGGUGCGCCAGCAGCUGGACUCCUUCAAGGAGUUCCUGGAGAACUCGUUGCAGGAGGUGGUGACAGAGAACGCGGACAUCGUGGUGAAGCCGGAGAGCCAGCACAACCCGGGGGACGAGAACGUGUUCGACGAGAAGGAGUACAGGAUCCAGUUUGGGCAGAUCUACUCGGCCAAACCCAGCUUCAACGAGGCCGAUGGCGAGUCCACCGUCCUUUUUCCCAGGGAAGCCAGGCUGAGGAACCUGACCUACUGUGCCCCCAUCUACGUGGACAUUCGAAAAGUGGAGGUGACCAUGCUGCCGGACGACACCCAAGUCGAGGAAAACGAGGAAGUUGCAGAAAAGGUGUAUAUUGGGGAGGUGCCCAUCAUGCUGAAGUCAACGUGUUGCAGCCUGGACGGCUACAAACCUGCUGAGCUCGCUGAGCUGGGAGAAUGCCCCUAUGACCAGGGUGGCUACUUUGUGAUCAAUGGCAGUGAGAAGGUGCUCAUCGCACAGGAGCGCAUGGCCAACAACCACGUGUAUGUCUUCAAGAAAUCCCAGCCCUCCAAGUAUUCCUGCAUCGCCGAGUGCCGAUCGGUGGCAGAGAAGUCCACGCGCAGCACCAGCACCAUGUCCGUUCAGCUGCUGUCCAGGCAGGGGAAAAAAGCCGCAUUGUCUGGUGCGCCCAUCAAGGCUACUCUGCCCUAUGUCAGCACGGAUGUCCCAAUCCUGGUGGUCUUCCGAGCGCUGGGCUUUGUCGCAGACAAGGACAUCCUGGAGCACAUCAUCUUUGAUUUUGAGGACACCGAGCUGAUGGAGGCACUGCGGCCAUCCAUAGAGGAGGCGGAGCCCAUCAAAGAUCAGCAGGUGGCGCUGGACUUCAUCGGCAAGCGAGGGGCUGCUGUGGGGGUCACCCGUGAGAAGCGUAUUACCUAUGCUCGUGAGCUGCUUGAGAAACACAUGCUUCCCCACAUUGGUACUGAUUCGUUGGAAAAGGAUGCUACGAAGAAGGGGUAUUUCUUUGGAUACAUGAUCUACAAGCUGCUGUUGGUGGCCCUAGCCAGGAGGCCGGAGGACGACCGUGACCACUACUCAAACAAGCGUUUGGACCUGGCGGGGCCCCUGCUGGCCAACCUGUUCCGGCUGCAGUUCAGGCGGUUGACCAAGGACAUGAGGAGGAAGGUGCAGCGGUGCGUGGAUCAGGGACGGGAGAUCAACCUGGCGGACAUCGCCAACCACCACAUCAUCAGCAGCGGGCUGAAGUAUUCUCUGGCCACAGGGAACUGGGGCCAGCAGGGGACGCAAAACAUCCGGUCAGGAGUGUCCCAGGUGCUCCAGAGGCUGACAUAUGCGGCGACGCUGUCCCACCUCCGCAGAGUGAACUCACCGAUCGGGCGGGAGGGCAAGCUGGCGAAGCCGCGCCAGCUGCACAACAGCCAGUGGGGCAUGCUGUGCCCGGCUGAGACGCCCGAGGGGCAGGCCUGUGGGCUGGUGAAGAAUCUGGCGCUGAUGACCUACAUUUCUGUCGGGUCCCCCCUGAGCUCCGUGCUUGAAGUGCUCGAGGGCUGGGGCACAGAAAACCUGGAGGAGGUGAACUCUGCCCACUUGAAGGGUGCUACAAAGGUGCUGGUGAAUGGGGUGUGGAUAGGGAUCAAUCGUGAGCCACAGAAUCUGGUGGAGACCCUGAGGCAGAUGCGCAGGGGUUUAAAUGUGGAGGCAGAGGUCAGUGUGGUGCAUGACAUCCAGUUGCAGGAGAUUCGAGUGUAUACGGACGCCGGGCGCACUUGCCGACCCCUGUUUGUUGUGGAGAACCAGAGACUGAACAUCAAGAAGAGCCAUGUUAUCGAGCUGCUGAAGGCCAAAGAUCUGGUGGACGUCGAGCCAGAGCAGCGAUAUGGCUGGAAUCAGAUCGUCAACUCUGGCUUUAUUGAGUACAUCGACACAGAAGAGGAGGAGACGACGAUGAUCGCCAUGACCAUUCGAGACCUCAAGGUUGCCCGCCUCAUCAAGGCCCCACAGAUGGCGUACUCAGACACUUAUACACACUGCGAGAUCCACCCAUCAAUGAUCCUGGGAGUCUGUGCAUCGAUCAUCCCCUUCCCUGAUCACAACCAGUCCCCGAGGAACACCUACCAGAGUGCCAUGGGCAAGCAGGCGAUGGGGAUGUAUGCCACCAACUUUCAGACACGGAUGGACACUCAGGGGUACGUGCUGUACUACCCCCAGAAGCCCCUGGUGGCGACCAAGGCGAUGCAGUAUCUGCACUUCCGCGAGAUGCCUGCGGGGCACAAUGCGAUCGUUGCGAUCGCCUGCUACUCUGGGUACAACCAGGAGGACUCGAUAAUGAUGAACCAGUCCUCCAUCGAUCGUGGGUUCUUCCGAUCGAUCUUCUUCAGAUCGUACAAGGAUGAGGAGAAGAAACAGGGGUCCCUACUAAACGAGGAGAUCGAGAAGCCAGAUCCAAGCUGCACAGCGGGGAUGAGGCAUCUAACAUACGAUAAGCUGGAGGACGACGGGCUGGUGGCGCCUGGGACCAACGUGCACGGGAAGGACGUCAUUGUUGGCAAGACCACACGCUUGCCGCUGGACGAGGUCAACAACUCGAGGUUCACAAAGAAGGACUGCAGUACCUCACUGCGGCAGAGUGAGAGUGGCGUUGUGGACCAGGUGCUUGUCAGCACCAAUGCUGAGGGUCGCAAAUUUGUGAAACUGCGAGUGCGGUCCAUCCGGAUUCCCCAAGUUGGUGACAAGUUUGCGAGCCGGCAUGGGCAGAAGGGCACCAUAGGCAUCACCUACACUGAAGAGGACAUGCCCUGGAGCCAGGAGGGCAUCACGCCCGACCUCAUCAUCAACCCCCACGCGAUCCCAUCGCGCAUGACGAUUGGUCACUUGGUGGAGUGCCUGAUGAGCAAAGUUGCUGCAUGUGUGGGCCAGGAGGGCGACGCCACGCCCUUCACGGACGUCACCGUGGAGAACAUCUCCAACAAGCUGCACCAGUGCGGCUACCAGUCCCGCGGCUGGGAGGUCAUGUACAACGGCCACACGGGCAGGCGCCUGCAGGCGCAGAUUUUCCUGGGUCCCACGUACUACCAGCGCCUCAAGCACAUGGUGGACGACAAGAUCCACUCCCGCGGCAGGGGCCCCGUCCAGAUCCUCACGCGGCAGCCCGUGGAAGGCCGGGCGCGGGAGGGCGGCCUGAGGUUCGGCGAGAUGGAGAGGGACUGCAUCAUCAGCCAUGGCUCCGCGGCAUUCCUGAAGGAGAGGCUGUUCGACCAGUCGGAUGCCUACAGGGUGCACGUGUGCGAGAAGUCGGGCCUGAUCGCGGUGGCCAACCUGCGGAAGAACCAUUUCUACAGCCAGAUAUACGGCAACGACUCCAACGUGGUGCAGGUGUUCCUGCCUUACGCGUGCAAGCUGCUAUUCCAGGAGCUCAUGUCCAUGUGCAUAGUGCCGAGGCUUCAGUUUUAG